UAAGCUUUAGAUAACGCCAUUACGCAGUGCGCGAAAAAGCGUAACUAACAACUCGGCCCAUUAGUAGUCGGCCCCGAAGUCAAUUGUUUAAUGAGGUGAAUUUUUCAGAGUCAAUCUCAUCUAAUGCGCUAGCCCAAAACGGUAAUUAUAUAUAGCUGAAAUAUUCAUAUAAAUACAAUAUUUCUAUAACACCAUAAGUUAACAAAUUAUUAACCUAUUAAGUAAUUAACCAACAAGAUGAGUUACGAUUCCUAUUCUACUCCCUUAUCAUCCAGAUAUGCCUCUAAAGAGAUGUCACAAAUCUUUUCCUUGAGAAAUCGAUUCUCAACGUGGAGAAAGUUAUGGUAUAAUUUAGCCAUUGCUGAAAAGGAAGUUGGAUUAUCAGUUAUUAGUGAUGAAGCUAUUGAACAAAUGAAGGCACAUUUAGAGAUUACUGAUGAAGAAAUUGAAGCUGCUUCUAAAGAAGAAGCCAUUGUUAGACAUGAUGUUAUGGCUCAUGUUCAUGUUUUUGGUAAAACAUGUCCUAGCGCUGCUGGUAUUAUUCAUUUAGGUGCUACUUCAUGUUAUGUUACUGAUAAUGCUGAUUUAAUCUUUUUACGUGAUGCUUAUGAUGUUAUUAUUCCAAAAUUAGUUAAUGUUAUUAACAGAUUGAGUCAAUUUGCUUUAGAAUAUAAAGAUUUACCAGUAUUAGGUUGGACUCAUUUUCAACCUGCUCAAUUAACAACUGUUGGUAAGAGAGCUACUUUAUGGAUUCAAGAAUUAUUAUGGGAUUUAAGAAAUAUGCAAAGAGCCAGAAAUGAUAUUGGUUUAAGAGGUGUUAAGGGUACUACUGGUACUCAAGCUUCUUUCUUAUCAUUAUUCCAUGGUGAUCAUGAUAAAGUUGAAGAAUUGGAUCAAAGAGUUGUAGAAUUAUUAGGUUUUGAACAUGUUUAUCCAGUAACAGGUCAAACUUAUUCUAGAAAAAUUGAUAUUGAUGUCUUAUCUCCAUUGGCUUCAUUUGGUGCUACCGCUCAUAAAUUUGCUACUGAUAUUAGAUUAUUAGCUAAUUUAAAAGAAGUUGAAGAACCAUUUGAAAAAUCUCAAAUUGGAUCUUCUGCUAUGGCUUAUAAGAGAAAUCCAAUGAGAUGUGAAAGAGUUUGUUCAUUAGCUAGACAUUUAGGUGGAUUAUUUAAUGAUGCAGUUCAAACAGCUUCUGUUCAAUGGUUUGAAAGAACUUUAGAUGAUUCAGCUAUUAGAAGAAUUUCUUUACCAUCAGCAUUCUUAACUGCUGAUAUCUUAUUAUCAACUAUGCAAAAUAUUUCUAGUGGAUUGGUUGUUUAUCCAAAGGUUAUUGAAAGAAGAAUUAAUUCUGAAUUACCAUUCAUGGCUACUGAAAAUAUCAUUAUGGCCAUUGUUGAAAAAGGUGGAUCUAGACAAGAUUGUCAUGAAGAAAUUAGAGUUUUAAGUCAUCAAGCUUCAGCUGUUGUUAAACAAGAAGGUGGUGAUAAUGACCUUAUUGAAAGAAUUAAGAAGACUGAAUACUUCAAACCAAUAUGGAAUGAUUUAGAUAAAUUAUUAGAUCCACAUACUUUUGUUGGUAGAGCUCCACAACAAACAGAAAAAUUUGUUAAGAAUGAUGUUGCUAAGGCUUUAGAACCUUUUAAACAUUUUAUUAGUGAUGAAACUGUUCAAUUGAGUGUUUAAUCUUUAAUUAUUUAUUACUUCCAUUUCGUUAUAUUACUGUUCUAUAGUU